GCUCGACGCGCUGCCUUCGGUCGUCAAAAUUGGUGCUAUAUUCACUCAUGACCAAAAGGAUAGCAGCACGGAGCUGGCCUUCAAGUACGCCGUUUACAAGAUCAACAAGGACAAAAUUAUAUUGCCGAAGACCACGUUGGAGUACGAUAUUCAGUACGUGCCAAAAGAUGAUUCCUUCCACGCAUCGAAAAAGGCGUGCCAGCAAGUCAAGCAUGGCGUUCAGGCGGUCUUCGGACCUUCAGAUCCAAUCCUGGGUCAACACAUUCAUAGUAUCUGCGACGCCCUCGAUAUUCCACAUCUCGAGGCCAGGCUGGACCUGGAGACGGAAGCGAAAGAGUUCAGCAUUAAUCUCUAUCCCGCACAAAGUCUGCUCAACACCGCUUAUCAGGACAUCAUGGAGUUCCUCAAUUGGACCAAGGUGGUGAUUAUCUAUGAAGACGACCAUGGAUUGAUGAAGCUUCGGGAGCUAGUUAGGUCACCGAAAAUCCGUGGCAUCGAAGUCAGUCUCCGGCAGGCAGACCCCAACUCGUACAGGCAGAUCCUUUCCGAAAUGAAGAGCAAGGAAAUUCGAAAUAUUAUCGUGGACACAAAACCCGAGCACAUGCAUCAUUUUCUACGAAUGAUCCUGCAGCUGCAGAUGAAUGAUUACAAGUACCACUACCUCUUCACGACUUUCGAUAUCGAAACCUUCGAUCUCGAGGACUUCAAGUACAAUUUUGUCAAUAUCACUGCCUUUCGUUUGGUCGACGCGGACGACGUCGGCGUACGUAGUAUCCUGAGGGACAUGGAACGCUAUCAGCCAUCGGGAAACACGAUCCUCAACAAAUCGAGGAUCAUCCAGGCCGAACCAGCGUUAAUGUAUGACAGUGUACAGGUGUUCGCGGUAGGAUUACGUACCUUGGAGCAAUCCCAUGCUUUAAGGCCCGCCAAUAUUUCCUGCGAGCUCGAGCACCCCUGGGAUGGCGGCUUGUCUCUUACCAACUAUAUCAACUCGGUCGAGAUGAAAGGAAUCUCCGGACCUAUUGAAUUUAAAGAAGGCCGUAGAAUUCAGUUUAAAUUGGAUCUGCUGAAACUGAAACAACACUCACUCGUUAAGGUUGGCGAGUGGCGUCCCGGCGCCGGUGUCAACGUUACAGACACCGCGGCCUUUUUCGAGCCUAGCAUCGGGAACGUAACUCUGAUUGUAAUCACUAUACUGGAGACGCCGUACGUGAUGAUGCACCACGGAAAGAACUACACCGGGAACUCGCGAUUUUACGGUUUUUGCAUGGACCUCUUGGCGGUGGUGGCGAGGGAGGUAGGCUUCUCGUACCGCUUGGAGCUGGUACCGGACAGGAAGUACGGCGCACGAGAUCCGGAGACCGGCGAAUGGAACGGCAUCGUACGAGAGCUCAUGCGACAUAAGGCUGAUCUCGCUGUCGGUUCCAUGACAAUCAACUAUGCACGCGAGAGCGUGAUCGACUUCACGAAGCCGUUCAUGAAUUUGGGUAUUUCGAUCCUCUUCAAGGUACCGACCAGUCACCAAGCGCGGCUUUUUUCCUUCAUGAAUCCGUUAGCGAUCGAGAUCUGGCUAUACGUUCUGGCAGCGUACGUUUUAGUGUCGGUGACGAUGUUCGUUGUGGCGCGAUUUAGCCCCUACGAAUGGAAUAAUCCCCAUCCGUGUCACCCUGGGACGGAAAUCGUUGAGAAUCAGUUCUCCUUAUCGAAUAGCUUCUGGUUCACCAUUGGAACUCUCAUGCAACAGGGCAGCGAUCUAAAUCCCAAGGCUACGAGCACACGUAUCGUGGGUGGUAUAUGGUGGUUCUUCACUCUGAUCAUCAUCUCGUCAUACACCGCGAAUCUAGCUGCUUUCCUUACAGUGGAAAGAAUGAUUACGCCUAUAGAGAACGCCGAAGAUCUUGCCAGUCAGACAGACAUUGCAUACGGAACUCUCGACAGUGGAAGCACGAUGACUUUCUUCAGGGACUCAAUGGUCGAAACGUACAAAAAGAUGUGGAGGUUUAUGGAGAACAAGAAGCCGUCGGUAUUCGUUCCAACAUACGAAGAGGGUAUUCAGCGGGUUCUUCAAGGCGAUUAUGCCUUUCUCAUGGAGUCGACCAUGCUGGAUUAUAUUGUCCAGAGAGACUGCAACCUCACGCAAAUUGGUGGUCUAUUGGAUACCAAAGGAUAUGGAAUUGCUACACCCAUGGGUUCGCCCUGGCGAGAUAAGAUAUCUUUAGCAAUUCUAGAAUUGCAAGAGAAGGGCGAAAUUCAGAUCCUGUAUGACAAAUGGUGGAAGAGUCCCGGGGAUACUUGUAUGAGGACUGAAAAGGGAAAGGAGAAUAAAGCCAACUCUCUAGGCGUCGACAACAUAGGAGGAGUUUUCGUGUUCUUAUUGUGUGGCUUGGCAUUCGCCAUGCUUAUAGCGAUUUUCGAAUUCUGCUACAAUUCCAGAAGGAAUGCACCGGCGGAACGGCAAAGGCCUCCAAUUCCUCCGACGUCUACCUCCGGCUCUCUUCAGGGAAUUUCUCAGGUUGUGCAACAACAGCAGCAGCAACAACAGUGCCAGCAGCAACAUCAGCAGCCAUCAAAUCAGCAAGAGUCGCUCUGCUCGGAGAUGGCACGAGAGCUCUGCCGCGCCUUACGCUGUCGCGCAUCGUCUCGACGACGGCGUACUUGCGACAAAUGUUCUACGCACGUGAUCGGCUAUCCGCCGGACAAUCCCACUGCCACCCCCGUAAACGGGAUGAGGUCCCAGAGAAGCAACCUGACCGUACCCGUAGUUGAACUGCCUCCACACAUCCAUAUGCAUCAUCACGCACCACCGCACGAUUAUGACGGCAAUUAAACCGAUGUCAUUAGCAAGACCAGUACCAGACCAUUAUAAUCGUAACCAGGAACAAGUACAAAGCGUCUCGCGAAGAGCAAUUGCGAUCGAUUUGUUGAUAGGUUUUCGUCGACAAUGUCGAAAUUUAUCCAAUAGACACGUUUGCACAAUAAAUGUUCAUCGUCGACGUUCGCGAUUACGAAAAAAGAGCUUAAACGUAUUUGUAAAGCAACGCGUGCGCCGCUUUUCCGCACAUUUGAUAAAUCCGUCGAGAGAUCGGCGAUAUAUACUGAAUUUAAUUGAUAAAAUCGUAUAACCUGGUUCUAAAGUGGUUUUUCUCGUCGCGAAUUUUGUACGAUUAAUCAAUUCACGGGACAUAGUAUAAUCGUCCCGAAGCAAAGCGUUCACCGCUUUAUAUUCGCCACUUUAGAAAGUAUUCAAAUACGUUCAGGUAACGUGAUUUAAUACUGUCAGAACACCGAAGAAAAAUCUUAAAUUAAAAAGUUACGACCAGCUCGCAUGCAUAUUAAUUCUCGGCCUUGCGAAAGAAAAUUCUCUUCGUUAUGAAGUGAUCAAGAUCGACGUUAUCAAGAUCGACGAGUUAAGCACUCAAAAAAGUAAAUGCUAUUUUACAGCGACAUUUUAAUGUAAUAACUUUAUGUAAAUGGACCGUGAAAUUUUUAUCCUCAAAAUUAUGUUUUCGUUGAAAAAUUAUUG